AAUAUCAGAGUUUAUGAACCAGGGAGGGAAAAGCGGAGGAUCGAACCUCGGCAGGUAGGAAUCGGAGAACCCGGAGGGUGGAACAGUUCAACCCGAACCCUGCUCAUGGUACCCCAGGAUAUAGAAGCGAUAGGACCGAUGAUAAUAUUGAGCCUGAGAGUAUAGUUAAUACUGGGAUAAAAACAUGUGAACUUCGUGAAGGUAAAAGAUAGAUGAUUGAUGAACAUCAUUCAACACUUUCCAAACAGUUGGCCCUUGCUUCUUCUCAAGACAAUCAAAAGUUUGGUUUACAGAAAUUGGCGCUAAAUUUGCAGGAUAAAAGGGCGUACACACACCAGGUUUUAAUGGGACAUGGAGCAGAGCAGGAAUAUACUUAUGGAGCUGAGAGAGGAACUUGCAUAAAUUCUCCAGUAUACUCCUGGAGGUGAGAGAGGAACUGUAUUCUCCGGUAUACUCCUGGAGCUGAGAGAGGAACUUGCCUAAAUUCUCCAGUAUAAUACUGGAGCUGAGAGAGGAACUGUAUUCUCCAAUAUACUCCUAAAGCUGAGAGAGGAACUGUAUUCUCCAGUAUAUUUUUGGAGCUGAGAGAGGAACUGUAUUCUCCAAUAUAUUCCUGAGGCUGAGAGAGGAUCUGUAUUCUCCAGAAUUCUCCUGGAGCUGAGAGAAGAACUUUAUUCUCCAGUGUACUCCUGGAGCUAAGAAAAGAACUGUAUUCUCCAGUAUUCUCUUUUAGAUAAGAGAAUUACGGUAUUUUCCAGAAUAUUCUUGGUGCCGAGAGAAAAAACAUUAUCUUCAAUCCUGUUCGGAGAAUAAUCUCUCCUAGAACCGAACCCUGAGGAGAGAAAGAUAGAUCUGGUGAAUGGUCGGGUUGUAAUGAAUACGCUCCGGGACGAAGACGGAUUAUCUUUUGUAUCCGGAGCUCUUAAGAGAUAGGUUGGAAACAGCUGAAUAUGUUCCCACUCUAUACAAUAUAAUAACCCAGAAAAUUUGCUGGCACGACACUUUUUCAAACAAAACCAGCAAUGUAAUAAAAAUCUUUAAACAUGAAAAAGUCUCUUCUACAAAAAACUGGGAGACAAAAGAGACAAUACUCUGUAAUCUGAGCAGAUUCGGAGAACGUAAUAUACAAGUUGAAGAGGAUCUAAUCCUUGGUUAAGGACUGAUAACUAUGGAGAUUACUCUUCUCAUAUUGAUCUUCAUCUCUCUUCCAAGUCCAGGUUCUCCGAGUUGGAUAAAUCUUCCAUCAAGAUAUGUUGCACUGGAACGAGAUCUAGCCGUCAGUUACGAGAUUGAAAAGUUUGAUCCUGCGAGGUUUAAUGAUAUCCACACACUCCUGCAUGCUGGACCUGCUCUUCUCUAUGCAGCUCGGAUACCGGUCGGAACCGGAGUCAUCAUUAUUCCAUGCGGAGUUAUCACCUACGCAGGGAAUCAUUCCCUGUCUAUUGCGUACACUAACGGAACCAUGAUUGCGUCAGGAUUCUUUCAGGUUGUUUGGCCUGUGAUAACAUUGAAUACUCCAACCCGAGUUGAAACCUACACUACAGAUGUUACUCUAGGAGUAAGUUUUACCAGAGCAGUCUGUUCUCCUAAAGGACGGAGGGAAGAGGGUGUGCUGCAAGGGGGAGAGUUUGGUACACCUACAAUUUGGUUAAAGUUGAUGUUGUGCAAUGAUAAUAAUUGUUCUAAGAAUGAUGUUUAUUAUCUUGUCAAGUUAGAUUCAUUCUAUUCUCGUCCAUCCUCUGUAGUUACAGUUCCCUGCAGGUUCUGGGGUUGGCCUGGAGUUUAUCAGGUUAGGAUCGGGGCGGAGAUAAUGAUAAAAGAUGAUGAUUCAAGAGAUAAUGGUCUUAUUGCCACCAGCUUGGGGAUCGAAGUUGCCUGGAGUCUUGAAUAUAAAAUCCUGGUGGAUAAAACUAACCUGGAAAACUGCCGGCAGGAUGAAACUGUCGUGAUAGAGUUGGACUAUCCACACUGUAUUGGAUUAAAGGAUAAAAUCAGACUGUACCGUGAACCUGUCAAGCCUGGGUUGGGUCGAGCUCAGUAUGUUGGAGAGCAACGUGUAGUUCCGGGAGAUAAAGCUGUUCUCUUCCCUUGUUCUCUGUUCAACAUUACACAAGACUUCAUGUUCUGCUUCCAUUAUAUUUCUACCUCGGAGAAUGGGAAGGUUUCUCUUGUGACAGAUUCCUGCUCCAGGCAAAGCAAAGGUAGCUGGGAGAGCUGGAGCUCCUGGUCCCAGUGCUCUGUAAGCUGUGGAGCAGGUUCAAGAUCUAGGUUCAGGUUCUGCAGUUCACAAUAUCAGUGUAAGGGAGAUAGGGUUAGUAGUGAACCUUGUAACCUGGCAGAGUGCUUCUCCCAGUCUACUCCUACAUAUAGAGAAGAGACGACAGUUGGAGCAACCCGUCCUAUUCCUAGUUCUCCAUGUUCUUGUGGAUGCACGUUCAUUCUACACUCCCAGGAUACAGAGGAGAAAACAGUCCGAGAUAUUCAUGUAGUUUCAGGAUUAUGCAAGCAAUCUCUGAUAACCUGGACACUCAGGGUGUCUCUGGGAAAAGUUCUCCUGCUGAACCUGACCUCCCCUAGUCUAUCCUGUCCAGGACUUAUUCUCAACCUCCGGGACGGAGUAAAGGAGGAGAACCCUCUCCUUUAUCAGUCAGUGAUGGAGGGGUACCCCGAGAAACUCUUUAAUUCGUCCCUGAACACGGUUCGAUUUGAGCUGAGAGCUGGAGGGUUGGUGGAGAAUUUAUUCGAGUGUUUUGCUGAGUUUAUGGUUCAAGUUACAAUUACAGACAAAGUUGUCAGAACGAACACAGUCUUUGAAGAAAGUUGGUAUUAUCUUUCCCAAGCUAUAAAUCUGCUCAGUCCCGUGGUGGUGGUUAUAGUUCUAGUUUUUCUAGUUCUACUCUGUACCCUGAUCAUGGUGUCUGACUAUGUAGUGAAGAAGGCCAGGUACUCCAGGUGGAAAGCAAGACCGGAGUCGGGGUUCAAUUCUCCAGAGCAUAGUUGUCACACCUACCUUCCUCAGGGUCUACCUUAUACCUCUCUCUCUACUAUCUCCGAAUAUAUUCCGCUCUCAGUGGAGAACGAAGAUAACAACCUAGAGCUUGAAGGUCAGGAACCAGUUUCUCCGGUGAAACGAAGACGGAGAAGAUUGCUAAGAAGACGUGAGACACUAUCGGAUUGGUGUAUUAAUAAGAGAAGUGAAAUUAGAAAAUCAUCUCUCCCUGGUAAGAUAAAACUGUAUCGCACUGUAUCAGUGAAGGACUCGGUUGACUCCCCGCGACCAACUAUAUCAGUUUCUGACAUGAAACCUAAAGAAAAGCGUGCCGCACCACGGCGAGAACGAAAACAAAGAUAUUCUUCUCAAAGUUUGGCAAGUUCUUGCUCCAGUGAUACUAGAUCUAGUCGGGGAGUAGAGAUGGAUCGAUCAGGAUCGGAGAUGACGCUUCGUCCUUCUCAUUCAGUCUCAGGGUUCUCUUGUAACUCUGUAGAGCAGGAGAUGGAAUACGAUCUUUAUGAUUGUGAUAUCGGGAAUGUGAUGGCUGCUCCAGGUUCAAUGUUUGCUCCGGCAUACUGGGAUUGUGACACAACACCAACUCUGGACCUGGAGCUAACCCAGCUCUUCCCGAAGGAUGAAGAUGAGGUUGAGUUACGGGAAGUUGGUGGACGAGGACAUCUUGCAACAAGUAUAACCUCGGAUUUAACCUCAAGUAUUAGCUCUGCUGUAUCCAGGAGCACAUUAGUGGGAGAGGAUGAUAAACUAGACCUGGAGGAGAUCAAUGAAACCAGUACACUUCUCCGGGCUAACAAGGAGCUAGAUACGUCCUGCUACUACAGUGGAGAUGAAUCUGAACCCUGUCUGCGAACCCCAACCAAGAAGAGAAAUGAAAACCUUUUAAAUAUUCAGCAUGUUAAUGAAAUAUCCUUUGUAGACGAUUGAUCCCCAGCUUAGAGCUUAGUUAAUGAUAAAUCAUGUUAAAAGAUAGAAUGCUGUCUUAUCAUUUAAAUUAUGGAUGAAUGUAAACCUUUAAAAAUAUGCUUCAAAAAAAAAUUAAACAAUA